AAAUUCAACUAUCCAACCAGACACAACAACGAAAUCCACAACCAACAAUGGCAGCAGAGAUGGCAUUGCUCAAACCCAUCUCCAAAAUCGGAUACUGCGGCAGCACCACCAUCACCUCCGCAAGAACAAUCCUGCCACAGAGAAUCUCAACCAUUGUUCGUAUGUCAGCAGCCACCACCACCACCCCCACCACCACAAAAGGAACCGGCGGUGGAAAAAACAAGAAGGGAAUCAAGGAAACCCUGCUGGCGCCACGCUUCUACACGACUGAUUUCGACGAGAUGGAGCAACUAUUCAACACCGAGAUGAACAAGAACUUGAACGAAGCAGAAUUCGAAGCGUUGUUGCAGGAAUUCAAAACGGAUUACAACCAGACACAUUUCGUUAGAAAUAAGGAAUUCAAAGAAGCUGCUGAUGAAAUUCAAGGUCCUAUGAGGCAGAUCUUCGUUGAGUUCUUGGAGAGGUCUUGUACUGCUGAGUUCUCUGGGUUUCUUCUUUACAAGGAGCUUGGUCGACGACUCAAGAAAACGAACCCAGUGGUCGCCGAGAUCUUUUCCCUCAUGUCCAGGGAUGAAGCACGCCAUGCCGGAUUUCUGAACAAGGGAUUAUCCGAUUUCAACUUGGCAUUGGACUUAGGGUUCUUGACAAAAGCAAGAAAGUACACAUUUUUCAAGCCAAAAUUCAUAUUCUACGCGACAUAUCUGUCAGAAAAGAUCGGGUACUGGAGAUACAUAACAAUAUACAGGCAUCUAAAGACAAACCCUGAGUACCAAGUGUACCCGAUUUUCAAAUACUUUGAGAACUGGUGCCAAGAUGAGAACAGACAUGGCGACUUCUUCUCUGCACUCAUGAAGGCGCAGCCACAGUUCCUCAACGACUGGAAGGCUAAGCUGUGGUCUCGAUUCUUCUGCUUAUCGGUUUAUGUUACCAUGUAUCUUAAUGAUACCCAAAGAACCUCUUUCUAUGAAGGCAUUGGGCUGAACACCAAGGAGUUUGACAUGCAUGUCAUCAUUGAGACGAACCGAACGACAGCUAGGAUAUUCCCAGCUGUAUUGGAUGUAGAGAAUCCUGAGUUCAAGAGGAAAUUGGACAGAAUGGCUGACAUCAAUUCAAAGAUAAUUGCAAUUGGGGAAACAGAUGACAUUCCAUUGGUGAAGAACUUGAAGAGAAUCCCACAUAUUGCUGCCCUGGUUUCAGAGCUGUUGGCUGCAUACCUAAUGAAACCAAUUGAUUCAGGAUCGGUUGACAUUGCAGACUUGGAUCCUCAACUUGUUUACUAGAUGAUGAUACUAUGUUUUUGUAGAAAAAUCAAUCCGAGUCAUGUUGGUUUUUGUGAUUGUUGUGUAAAAAGGAACACGAUAAUUUUGAUGAACUCAUUUUCUAAUGUUAUUUCGGAUUUUGUAA